AUGGAAGAGACUAAAUUUCAUUAAUUCAAGAAUGGAUUCAUUUCAAAGAAUCCAAAUUAAAAUUCUGAAAGGCUAAUUAAGAUCAAUACACAAUAUUCCCAAUACCAAUCUCAAAGUCAAAGAGUCAAAACUGAAAUCAAUUAGCCUUCUUUAAGUUCAAGAUUAGAAAAAUCUAAAACUAUUUCUUAGUCUGUACGAAUUUACUGAUUAUUCAAGACCUACUAUUAGUCGCCUCUAUUGAGAGAUGGUCAGCUGGAUUAAAUAGACAAAUUGAAGAGAAUGGAUAAAAAUGAUUUUUUUGGUUAACUGAAUAGUUAGGAUCCAUAUAGAUACCCUAAAAAACUGGAGGAAUUGCCAUGGAAUCCAUCCAAAAGUACAGUAUAUUAAUAGAAAAGAUAGAGAUCUCUUAAGCUAAGGUGGUUCUACCAUUAGAGCAAAUGGAUAAGGUCAUUCCUUUAUCUAAAUUUUCCAGUAAUCUCACUAAAAGAGUGGUCAAAGAUAAGAUCCACAGAGGCAUACCCCUCAAGUAUGGGAAAUAAUUCAAUAAUUAGACACGAUGUCCAAAUGCUUGCAGAAUGGACUGACCUGAUGCUUGAGUAGGCUGUUGAGAAAAAUCAAGGACAAUCAGCAAAUAUGUACGAGGAUCUAUAAUAAAUCUUUACUCUUUGUUUGAAGGAGUUGAUUAGGUAGAUUUCAUUCGAUUGUAUUGAGAAGAGGUAGAAUAUCUUAACAUAUAAUAGUGUGCUUUUGGAGAAGAUUUGGAAUCAAUACAUUGAGAUAAACUAAUCAGUCUAUUAGUCAGUUCUCGAAUAAAACAACACAUUAGAGAAGGAUCAUUUAUAGGAAGUAAUGAAGACCCAUUAAGCGUAUCAAACUGAGAUUGACAAGUAUUUGAUGAUUUUGAAGAAUCAAAAGUCAGAUAUGGAUUAAAUUAUGGAAAGAUUGAUGAAGUUGAAAGGAAACACAAAAUAUUUGAAAAAAAAUAAUAGAUAUUUGAAUUCUUAAAUUAAGGCAUUGAAAGUUGAAAUCUAGGAUUUGAAAACUGAAAAUAAACAAUAUUCUGAUUAGAUAGAGAAGAUAACUGACGAUUUGCAUGAGUACUAAAGAAAUGUGCAGUUUCAGUAUGAACAAUUUUAAAUGUCCAACCAAUAUCAACCAAAAAUAGAGUAUGAAUAAGGGUUAGCUAAGAAGAAGAUUAUGAGGGCUGGAACAUAAAAACAAUUGGUGAUUCAUUAGAUACCACAAUAUCAACUGCCUGUGAUUAAGCCUAUGAAGAGAAAGAGUUUCUAGAAUGUCGAACAAUAACCGACAUAGCAAGAGAAAAUGCAAAAAAUAUUAAAUGAUAGUGCUUCAUUUAGCAAUAUCGAGAUAUUAUUAGAGGAAAGAGCUACAGAUACAGAUGAUUUAAAUUAGAUAUUGUAGUUGAGAAAGGAAGUAGAAAUCUAAACAAUAGAAAAGAAGAGUCUAACCAUUUCAAUUCCUAAGUAUGUAUUUAAAUAAUGAGUAGAUUUGAAUUGAGAGACAGAAGACAACAAAUCAUUUAGACUGAAAUAUCUUACUUAAAUAAAUCUACUAAGAUCACUCAAACAGAAUUUACAGAUGAGCUUUUGGAAUCUAUCAAAUUGGAGGAAGAACAUCUUUUGUAACUGCAUGAAGCAAUCUAAUAAGCCACAGAACAAUACCAAUAAAUAUUACAUUAAAUUGAGAAGGGACAACAACCUAAAUUGAAAGAGUUAUAUGAUCAUCUAGAUGAAUUUUAAAAUUCAAUGAAAGAAAACAUAAGUAAAUAAAAGGAAGUCAGGACUAAUUUAAUUUUAGUUAAUAGUACUUUUAAGGAUGAAAAUAAUAGAAAGGAGGAGCAAUUAUAAUAAUAUGUACUUAUAUCUUAUUUUAUUAAGUAAAAAAAAGUAGCAGAGUUAGAAAGAGCUAAUGAACUUGCCAAUCAAGAGAUGGGAGAGUUGGAAAAUCAAUUGGAAAUUUAUGAAAAGGUAUUUAUAAUAUGUAUAAAGAUUAAUGAAAAAAUUGAAAAAAAAUAUUAAAAAUUGAAGUCCAUCAAAACGAACAUGGUUGAAAAAUCCUAAACUCUAGUUGUGUAACUCACCUAAACUCAUAAAUUUGCUGAAAUCAUGAAAAAAAGAAUUCAAGAUAAAAGAUUAAGUACACUUGGUCCAAUUUAAAGCAAUUAAAAAUCAAGAAUCUCAAACGUUUCUCCUUUAGGAUCUCUGAUCACUAAUAGUUAGCCUGCGAUUGCCAUGCAAACCUAACAAAGUGAUCAAUAAAUUUAAUUGGAAAAGAAAGAGGAAUUAUUGCCUAUUCCAGAAAAAACAACUUUGAAGAAAUAAUCAAGUAAAAAGAAUUUAGUUCAGUAACCUUAAUAAUAACAAGUAAUGUAAUAUCGACACGCUUAAUCCUAAAAUACUUUAGAAUUACCUUCUGUCUAAUAAGAAAAACAAUUCUCUUCUCAAUAUAACAUCUCUGUAAUUGAACCUGAUGAUAACUAAUUUGCCUUGUAGAAAUUUCCAUCUCAGCUACCUAGUCAAUAACCUAGUUAAUAGUAAAGCGAAGAAGUAUUUUAUUUAUGUAAUAAAAUAAUAGGAAGGCACCGAUAUGUAAUUGACUCCAAGAAGUAAAGCAUCUAAUUCUUCAAAGCCAAGGCCUACUUAUAAAAUUGUAAAUGUCACAUAAUAUUAAAUAAUAGCAAUUGCCUUCUAAUCAAGGAGCAAAAAAGGGAUCGAAAAUAUAGAAGAAAGGGUCUGUUAUGCCUUAGCAAAAUGAUUAGGUCCAAUUCUUUUAAGAAACCAUAGCAAAUUUUAUCAAUUAGAACUUCAGUUCUAGUGAUUCAGAUAGCGAUGAUUCAGAGUAUAACAUGAGAUUAGAAGAGAUCAAAUAAAGGAAAAGAAAGAUUGGACAAACUAAGAAAUCAUAUUUUUCAUAAGCACCAAGUAAGAUCUCUAAAUAUAAUAAGAAUUCUAAAAUAAGUAGUCUAUUGACAGUCCUGGGUUAAAUAUGCUGAGAAACAAUAUAGUUAAAUAAUUGGCUACUAAAUUUGCUACUAAUUAAAAGGAGAUCACUUCAAAAAUGAAAAAGGGCACUGUCUUAAAAUUCAUUUCUUAAUUUUAUGGAGAAAAGUUAAAAUAAACAUAAAAUAAAACAUCAUUGCAUAUCAUUUGUUAUGAAUACUUUUUUAACACAUAUGGAUUUAAAAACAUAGCAGAACAGAAAUUGACUAGUUUUUAUGAGUCAAUAUUUGUGCAUAGAGACAACAUAAGAAUUAACUUAUUUGGUAGAUUCUUACAACUUUAUAGUUCAUUGACAGUAGAUGAUCUCGAGAUAUACAUUAAAACCUUAAAGUAGUUGGAUGACGAGAAUCAAACACUGGACACAGAUAAAGUAUAAAUUUCAUUAAAUCAAGGGAUAAUUUCUGUUGGUUGAAAAAGCAAUUCAGAUUCUUGAUCAGACCCAUUCUUAAAUACCCUAGGAAUAUAGAAAUAAUAUCAUCUCAGAUAUCAAAAUGAAUUACAUCGAGAGAAAUUUGAAGCCUUACAUUGACUAUGACUAUUACAUCAGCAGAAUUCUGACAGGUACAAGGUUUUCUUAUUGUUUAGGUUAUUAGAUCGUUAAGAAGAUGCACAUGACUCACUAUUAAGAAGUUUUCAAUUCUGCUGAUAUGGAUUUAGAUAAUAUGAUGGAGUACUAAGAAUUCAAGAAAUUAUACUAUUAUUUUGAGUCUUGCCAAGGUAAUUCAAUUCCUGAGAGCAUUAUGGAAAGAUAAUUUAUAUCCAGAUGCGAUUUAAUAUCGAACAAUGAGGGAGAAAGAGCAAUGUCCUUUGAUAGAUUCAUUACAUUUUCAAUAGAACAUAACUUAUUUUCUGAGGAGAAAUUUACAGUAUUUAUAAUCUAUAUCAAAUUUCUUUAGAACUUUGCAAACAGCGUGAUUGAAGAAGACCCAAUCAAAAGCAUAGAAGAUUUGCAUUAGAAUUGGAGUUAUGUCAAAGAAAGAUUGAUUAACAGGAUUUAAUAUGCGGCAGAGGAUGAAAUUGAGUACUUCCAGAGUAUCAUAAAAAAGUUAGAAUAAGUAUUGCAUUUAUAUUCACAGCAGGCUUUGACGAAUGAUGAUAAACGAUAAAGCAUAUGGAUCUCAUAUAAAAUCAUAGAUGGUGAUACAAGAUAGUUAUAUAUCAACAAAUUAGUAGAUAGUUUGAUUCCAUCAGAAUUCAAUGAUAUCAUUCAAUUUGAUGACUAUUCAUCUGAAGACAAUAACUGA